AUGCAUAUUCGAGAGCAAAACACGCCCCACCCCAACCCCUUCGGGUUGCCAUGCUUACUUGAUAAGGUGAACUUUUCACACUUUCACGGAAAGCUCAACUUACAUUGGUUUUAUGAUAAAAUCGGCCUCAUGAUUUUUCAUGCACCUAGUUACAACAUAGAUUCUUUUGAAAGAUUAAUCGGAAUGGAUUGGGCGAAUCUUGUGCUCGGAAUUGUUUUCGCAAUCCCCGUGUCCUUUGUCAAACACGAUCCUAGUUCUAGAUUUCGAUUAGUGUAA